AUGGCUACCGACCUACGCCCUCCCGCCUACCAAAGUCGUCCUCCCUCCGAAUCUGGCUCACUACUACUACCUAGCGAAUUGCCCAUAAACGAAUCACCCCCUUCAUACGCCGUCGCGACCCAAUCCGAGACGGCCCCUCUCCUCUCGGGCCCUCCUCCCACUUAUGGUACCCACCAGCGCGCGUACCCAAGUCCUCCCGCGUCGACCCAUAGUUCUGUCACGAGCAGCGCGCACGAGGCGGGUCCUAGGAGUUUGCCAGAGUGGGUAGGGCAGGCGCUCGUGGUGCUCUGCUUUCUGGGUAUACUGUACGCGUUCUGGCGGGUAAUUGAGGAAGAGGGAGAGGAGCCAUUUAUGACAGAGAGGCGGAAGGAGUGA